UAUUCCGGAAAUUGCUCUCAGAGGCAGCGUGAGGUUGUGCUCUUUGUGAAAUUUCACCAUGGCGUACCGUGGCCAGGGCCAGAAAGUGCAGAAGGUUAUGGUGCAGCCCAUCGUAUCCUACGCAGGAUGUCAGGACUGGGAGGUUCGGGCCAGAAUACGGGGUGCGAAGGCGCAGACUGAGAGCAGGCCUGGGGUAGCGGAGUACGAAUCCACAUCCCAUGAGCCCCCGGGGCGACCAAGACUGGAAGAAAGCGCGGGUAGUUGAAGAACCGUGAUGGUGGGGAGGUGGUCUUGGGUGGACCCCUGCUGUGGGGCAAUGCAGGAAUGGAGGCGGCGAAAGGAGGGAAGAGAACUUUAGGUGCGGAGUGAAAAUGGGAGUUAAAGGUUUCGGGAAACUCCAGGGGAAUGAAAGUAGAAGGGAUGUUCUUUAAUCUUUAGAAGACCCCUAAUGAAUGCCCAGCUGGGUACUUUUUGUUUGCGUAAGCACCAGACCUCGCGUUCAGUAUACCAAGGUGAGACGGAAACAGGGUCGUCCAGUUGUUUCAGGAAGCAGAGUCUAUGCUGCUUUUGUAUUUUUUCCUUAGCCACUGUGGUGCAGAACCUCAUCUUCAGAUACUUACAAAAUAGAUCGCGGAUUCAGGUGUGGCUCUAUGAGCAAGUGAAUAUGCGGAUAGAAGGCUGUAUCAUUGGUUUUGAUGAAUAUAUGAACCUUGUAUUAGAUGAUGCAGAAGAGAUUCAUUCUAAAACAAAGUCAAGAAAACAACUGGGUCGGAUCAUGCUGAAAGGAGAUAAUAUUACUCUGCUACAAAGUGUCUCCAACUAGAAAUGAUCAAUGAAGGGAGAAAUUGUUGAGAAGAAUACAGUUUGUUUUUAGAUGUCCUUUGUCUAAUAUGAACAUUUAUUCAUAUUGUUUUGAUUACCCUUGUGUUAUACAAGAUGGCAAUAAAUGCUGUGGGAUUGUUUGUAUUUAAAAAUUUACAUUGCUUCUUCCUAUUCAUCAGUAGAGACUUUUUACACACUAACACCGUUUGUUGUUGGUAUUUACUUUAGUUUUCUGAAGGGUGGCAGUUGCCUUGAGCACUUGGUAUUCGCAGAGCUUGGACCUGUAGAUUUUGAGGCAGAUUAGGAAUUCUGCCUGACAGGUAAGCUUCCAGUAUUGGGAGGUGGAGAAGGGGAGGGUUCACAAAAAUAAAUUGGGGUUAUUGCACUAAUAAAUGUCUUCAUCACUUCUGGUUCUGGAUGCUGGAAUACCAGAGUUUCUAACCUAAAUAGGUUGGGUACGUUAUUUAAUUGGGUCAGUAUUGCUCAACACUGUAACUGAGUCACUGUGAGGUCUUUGUGAAUUUUAUCACUAAGAUCAGAAUGUGAGAAGUAUUUGGGUAUAGGCAAAGAAUGAAGUGCCUUUCAAGUACUUUAAAAAUGAGUUAAGAGUUUACAGGAAAGAGACUGAGAUUGGUAAUCUGAAAAGGACCACAAGCACAGCUGGUAGGUAAAUUGUUAGGCAGAAUAAUGGUAUAUUAGAGAAACACACCUGUCUCUUAUUCUUAUCUCUUAAGAAUUUUGGUUCUUCCCCCAGUGAUUUCUGGUUGAAUUCUUAUGUGGGCAGGUUUCCCUUCCCCCAAUAUUGCACAUGGUUCUAGUUAGAAUUCUGUUAGAUAGAUAGUGAGCAUAUGCUGUUAGCUAGACACAGUGUUGAAUCAGUACAGUGAAACAGACUGGUAAACAGAUAGUUUUAAUGCCUCAUCCUAAGUACUAUUUAAAUUGGAUCUUGAAAGGUGAAUAAGGCCUGCCUUAAGUUCUGCUAAAGGCAAUGCUGUUAUUAAGGAUGGAUGAGGAAGGACCAAGAAGUCUGGCUCCUACUUUUCUACAUGCCUGUGAAGGAGACUGUAGUUUCAGUUCAUGAAACUGAAUAAAAGAAAUCCUUUCUGAGAUAAAGGAGAUUUGUAGGUGAAUGCAGAAGUGUAUACAACUUUGAACCGUGCAUUCCAUCUAUAUUCCUCCUGUCUGAACUCAUGCUCUUUCGAUUAUAUUUUGAAAUAAAGGGCUGCAUUAGUUCUUUUAA